AUGGUGAACGAGGACGUAGAUUUAAGGAGUAAACCCGGCGUGGGUGUGAUGCCGGGGUCUCCGCAGGGUUCGUCUCGGGUUCCGGGAAUUCGGGACGGGUCCUGUCAGCUUGGGUGUCACGUUCCUAGAAACGUGUCUAUCCAAAUUGUCGCAUCUCAAUAUCCUAUGGAAGGAAAUGGAGGAGCUGAAAAUAUUGAAUCCGAUGAGAUGAAAUUGUCAGAGGAAGUUGAUGGACAAGUUACAAGGGAAUGGAAGAGUUGUGAGUCCGACCAAGGAGGGUCGUGA